AUGCCAGCCCUCCCCGCCGUCCUCCUCCGCAACGCACUCGCCGGUGCCAUCAGCUACGCGGGUGCCUUCGUCUGGACGCGCGUCGUCUCCCGUCUCUCCACCUCUGGCGCGCUCCCGGCCCGCCUGGCGAGAAAGCUUUCCCACAUCACCACCGCGCCCUUCUUCCUCCUCACCUGGCCAUUGUAUGCACCGGGCCCAGCUGCGCGAUGGGUCGCCGCCGUAGUGCCGCUCUCCUUCGCCGCGCGCAUCGCGCGCGCCCCGUCCCGUGACGCCUUCGCGUCGGCUACAGCUCGCGGCUCCGACCUACACUCGGAGGCGGGCGGGCUCAUGGCCUACGGGCUCGCCGUAGCUUUGAUCACGGCCCUCGGCUGGAGGCAUGAAGCCGCGACGUACGUCGCCGCUGCCGCGCUGGCGUGCGGCGACGGCGCUGCAGAUGUCGUGGGCGGCGCCGUCGGCGGGCCGGUCAUCCCGCUGCCGGCGAGGGACGGGAGGAGGAAGACCGUAGCGGGGAGUGUGGCGUUUGUGGCAGCCACCGUGCUGGGGAGUCUGGGAAUGCUGAGAAUGGCUCGCGCAGUUGGGUUUGGUGUGGCGCAUGUGGCGAAGAGAGAGCUUGUGAAAAUCGCGGCCUUGGCUGCAGCGGUGGAAUUGGCCCCGGUUGAGGAUAACCUUAUCGUGCCGCUCACCGCGUUUUUUGCCACCAGGCACGUUCUGUCGCAGCGGUGGUGGGUUUUCUAACUGUGUACUUGUGCACUGAGUUCAUGGACUCGGGGGUCGAUGCGGCCUUUUUCUGGCGGUGUUCACGUCUGAGCUGUAUCGUCAUUUUCAGUCAAUAGUUGAACAGUUUGUUGACAGGCGAAGUCUGAGCUUUACAACUUGGCUGCUGCUCUACUCUAUCAUCAUCCUUUGCAGCUCCGACUUACCCUUCCAGUUUUGUUGGGCUCCUCAUCCACUUGUUGAGACAUCCUCUUGAGCCAGGGAGUUCCGGCAUUGUCAUGACAAGCACUCCAGCUACCUUUCUUUUUCUCCACUGAACUCUUCUGCUAAAGCUCUUCCUCGUUAUAAUGUACAACCUUCAAGGCCUCAUAACGGGUCUAACUGUGUCGCACCUCAAGCCUUGAAAUUCUCUUCAAAGUCCUUUCGUUGUACAGCUCCCCAUGUUUUAAACAGUUGCUUCCUUGCA